AUGGCGAAUAAGUUUGGAUUAGGUUCUUUAUCUUUAGAAACUAAAAAACCUAACACUACAGCGUGGAUAAAUAAAGCGAAACCUUACUUUGUGGAUCAAAUCGGAGACACUCUUUCAAGUAAUUUAAAGUCUCCGGAAAACGAUAAUGAUGCCAUUCACAAGAAAUAUUUAAUAGAACAAUUAAAUUUAAUUGAAGUAAAUAAAAACCAUUUAAACGAAAGAAUAGGCGAUGUGAAAAGAUUCUUCAAACGUCAACUAAAUAAUAAAGAUUUUAUUGAUGAUACUAAACUACAACAAGAAGUAACAAGUUUAAAAAAUUUUAUUCAACAACAAUUAGUCAAUGUAGUAGAUAAAACUCAGUUACAAACUUUAGAUGAUAAGAUUGCAAAACAAAAAAUAGAUCUUAAACAACUAAUAGCCAAUAUUAAUCCAGGUAUAAGUGAAGACAAAUUAACCGCAUUAGAAAGUAAACUUAGUGAUGAUAGUGAAAUACAAAAACAAAUAGUCGCUAUUCAACAACAAUUAAUCAAUGUAGUAGAUAAAACUCAGUUACAAAAUUUAAGUUCAUUAAUAUCUAAUUUAGAUGAUAAGAUUACAAAGCAAAAAAUAGAACUAAUAGAUAUAAGUGAAGACAAAUUGCAACGGGAAUUAACUAAAUUUAAAACUGAAUUACAAAAAGAACUAACAAAUAUUCAACAAAACAUUGAUGAUAGUGUUAUUCAACAACAGAUAACCACUAUUAAUAACCUAGUUUUAAAACAGGAUAAAAAUAUAAUCGCAUUAGAAAAAAAGUUUCUCAAGAAAGAAUCAUAUUAUUUCAAUAUUCCAUUUAGAUUUUUGGGUUUUGAUAGUGGUUCUAUUACUGAUAAUAUUGAUAAAUCAAAAGACUAUGAAUAUAAAACAUAUGGAUUUACAGCAAAUAUUCUGUUCAAAUUAUACUAUUCUUCCCAAAAAAAUUUUUGA